AUCAUCAACAGUUGCGCCACAAAGUGUUUCCUGUUUCCUGUUCACAAGGGCGUGCAUUUUCCCUUAGAGCCCGCUUUCUUUUUCUACCUACACACAUUUAACUGUCAUCAGCGGGUCAUCAGCCAACUCUGAGCCAAGAGUCGGCUCGCCCGGUCAGAGAAGCAGACGAUAAAUCACACGAAUCCUCGAGCUCCUGCAGCUGCUGCAGCAUGCUGCCUCUUAGGAUGCUGGGCCUUCUCCUGCUCUGCUUGCCUCUGUGUGAUGCAGGGAACACGUGCCCCCUCUCACUCAACCCUCUCAUUGUGGUGGACCCUCCUGUGGUCGAGUUUGGAGACCACGUCUAUGUAAACUGCUCCACGGAGGAAGAAUUUGAAGAAAUCACCCUGAUGUUAGGAAACACUCUAACCAAAAAUGAAGAGUUUGACAAUGUCGCUUUCAGCUUUGCCAAGAUGACAGACUGGGAUAUGAAGUCAGAAUGCAAAAUAAAGCUAAACAACUCAUUUGAAUGCAGCAAAGAGUUGGACAUAAUUCUAUACCAAAUCCCAGAGGUCCAUCUCUUUAUAACAGAGACAAAAACUUUGGGCGAGGAGACAAAUUACAAACUUCAGUGUUACGUCUGUGAUGUUGCUCCUGCUCAAAACCUUACAGUGAGGUGGUACAGAAGUGAUGAAAUCCUGGAUGUGCAGGUCUAUUCUGAGACAACCAAGACUCCUGUGAACACAUCCAGCAUGCUGGUGGUCAAUGUCACCAGAGAUGAGAAUGCUGUUGAGGUUAGAUGUGAAGCUCAGCUGGAGCUAGGACCGCACGGACCUCAACAUCCUGUCGUUUCCCAGACACUCAAUCUCUCAGCUCUCUAUGCUCCUGAGUUCAGGACAAACCAGAGUAGACACAUCAUUGUAAAUGAGGGUGAAGAUGUCAGUCUGACCUGUGAAGCAGAUGGGAUUCCUCCUCCUAAGUACCAAUGGACCAUUAAUGGAAUUGAUGCACUGGAAACCUCAGAUACUCUGAAAAUUAUUAACGUUAACAAAAGUGCCACAUACAGCUGCACAGCCUCCAAUAAACAUGGAAAUGUGACGGUGAACGUUUCUGUUGACGUGCCUGAAGUAACCACAACAGCAGCUCCAGCAGCCAUGGCCUCUCCUCAGGCUCUGACACCACAAGAAAUCCCAGAAGUCCUCUUCUCCAUAAUAAGCACUGAUGUUCAGGGUAUUGUGAGCCGUUACCUACUGCAGUGCGUGGUGGUCGGUGCCACUCCUGCUGAAAACAUCUUGGUCAAGUGGUACAAGAACGAUGUAAUCAUAAAGUCGGUCCAUGAACCAGCCAGAACACCUGUGAACACAUCCAGCAUGCUGGUGGUCAAUGUCACCAGAGAUGAGAAUGCUGUUGAGGUUAGAUGUGAAGCUCAGCUGGAGCUAGGACCACACGGACCUCAACAUCCUGUCGUUUCCCAGACACUCAAUCUCUCAGCUCUCUAUGCUCCUGAGUUCAGGACAAACCAGAGUAGACACAUCAUUGUAAAUGAGGGUGAAGAUGUCAGUCUGACCUGUGAAGCAGAUGGGAUUCCUCCUCCUAAGUACCAAUGGACCAUUAAUGGAAUUGAUGCACUGGAAACCUCAGAUACUCUGAAAAUUAUUAACGUUAACAAAAGUGCCACAUACAGCUGCACAGCCUCCAAUAAACAUGGAAAUGUGACGGUGAACGUUUCUGUUGACGUGCCCGAAGUAAUCACAACAGCAGCUCCAGCAGCCAUGGCCUCUCCUCAGGCUCUGACACCACAAGGCUGCAGCAUAACAGUGACGCCCCCUGAGGUUGUUGUGAAAUUUGGAGAUCCAGUUGUGAUUAACUGCAGCACGGCUGCCACAACCACAUUCAGAAUGGGAUGGGAGUAUUCAGCUGGCAAAGCUACUGUGAACAACUCUUACGCAUUUUGGAAGAUUGACAAGCUGGAAGACUGGACGUUGCAGCCUAUUUGCUACGUUUAUCCAGAUAUUGGAAGUCCGUGCAUAGAAACUGCUUCCAUCAUUCUUUAUCAGACUCCAGAUUUAGUCUCAGUCUCCGCACUGGAGGAUGGCCCGAUGGAAGCGGGUUCAACGUACCGCUUAAAGUGUGACAUCUACAACGUGGCUCCUGCACACAACCUCAGCGUGAAGUGGUACCGUGACAACACAACCCUGUAUACAGACCACAUCACAACCUACGAUGUGACGCCACGCAACGUAACCUCCAGCCUGACCAUCACUCCCCUGAGAAGUGAUCACAGAUCCCUUUUCAGAUGUAAGGCUGAGCUGCACCUUGGGCCAAGAGGACCAGAGCUCCCUCCCACUGCAGCCUCAGCACCUUUUGUUGCCACUGUACUCUACGCUCCUGAGUUCAAAGAGGGAAACAUCAGCAAAGAGCUGACUCCAGACAGAGAUGUAACUUUAGACUGUAGCGCUGAGGGCAACCCCGACCCCGAGAUUAAAUGGAUCUACAAGCCUGCACACAACCUGAAGGAAACCACUGAGGGGCGUCAGAAGAUCAUCACAGUCACAGCAGCCACGUCUACCAACGCUGGUUUUUACAUCUGUGUUGCCACGAAUAAAGUUGGGAAUGUGACAAGAACGGUCACACUGGUGAUGAGAGGUAAAACCAGCAGCGUCUUCGUUUACUGGCUGCCUAUUCUCCUACUGGUAAUUAUUUUACUGGUGGGUUUAUAUUGCCUCUGCCAUCGCAGGAAGAAAAAAGGAGAGUAUUCUUUUGUUUCAGACUCAGAUAAAUCCUCCAUCCCUAUGACUGGCUCAGCAGCAGGGAAAUCCCAAGAAGGAAACCAGAACAACUUGUAAACUUACAUUUAGAAAAACAGAGAUUGUAAAAAAUGUUCUGUGUAAAAUAUCUUUGUUGUGGGAAGAAGACGAGUGGAAAGUUGCACACUCAGCUGUCCUUUUAUUUUGUUUCAGUAUAUCCACUCUUUGGGAUUCCAAUUGUUUCUUUUUAUUUGCAUCCACUCUUUUUAUUUAUAUUGAAACCAUAUUAAUACUGUUGCCUUCUCAUUCACUGAAAGUAUAGAGACGACGGACCUUGAAUCACAACACAUAAUUGAAGUUACUGGACUGAAGAAAACAAUUAAAGAGGUCACUGAUGGAUGAUUUUAAUUAUGAAAUAACAUUUAGCUCAAUAAUUAUGUUUCUGACCAUGGAUUACUUUACUGUUAUAUGAAAGUCUAAAUGAGUUAACAUCACAAGCUUAUAAGCGUGUGAGACAAUAGAUGGUAUAUUUUACAAAAUAAAAUAAAAUAAAAUAAAAUGUCGGGAUCCUCCAGAGCUAGAAAAUUCUUGAGCAGAGUCACGGACAGACAGACAGACAGAUAGAUAGAUGAUAGAUAGAUAGAUACUUAAAUUUAGGGUUCAUUAAUAUAAAUUAAUAAACUGGAGUAACCUUUUUUCUGCACAGUGAACUCAGCAUUGAUAAGCACGGAUUUGCUCUGUGGCAAAAGCAGAUCUUCCAUGUAAUUUUUUUUAUUUGCAGAAAAAUAAACUUUUCAAGUUGAUCAAGAAAAA